ACGCAGAAAACUUGCGUUCAGCAGUCGAUAUUAUCAGUGUUUCAAACGCAAAGCAGCAAAUUGCGUUUAUAAGCAUUUGCGACUGAAAAUUUUUUUUAACUCUUCUGCUGCCCAGAGCCUUUUUUUUCAUCAUGAAAAAUGCAUGCAAAGCGUUUUCAAGGUACUCAGAUGGACAAAACACUGAAAACAGGAUGUUCCUACCAAACUUGUCACACAUUGUAAUGACCGAUUCACACCUCAGACCUCUCCCACCCUUGGAAACAAAAGAUAUCUUAAUGACCAUUCACACCUCAUAUUCCUCAUGA